GGGCGGGAGGCGCAUACCUCCGUGACGUCACGGGGCGGAGUGGGCUGGGGCGGUGUCCUCGGGUCUGUCGGGGCAGCGAUGGGGGCGCAGCUUAGCGUGUUGCGUCAGGUUGUGACAUACCCAAUAUGGCUCAUCUACACCACCAUCAUGAGGAUUUUCAGGAAUCCCCAUCCUGCCAUCACUCUGAAGGAUCCUGAAGUGAAGUACGCAUUGAGGCUGAUUGAUAAGGAGGAAGUUAGUCACGACACAAGAAGAUUCCGAUUUGCUCUCCCUUCCAUGGAGCAUGUCCUGGGUCUCCCUUUAGGGCAGCACAUCUACCUGUCUGCACGGAUCGAUGGAGCUCUGGUUGUCAGACCUUACACUCCAGUCUCCAGUGAUGAUGACAAGGGCUUUGUGGAUCUUGUUGUCAAGAUCUACUUCAGAGGUGUCCACCCAAAGUUUCCUGAUGGGGGGAAGAUGUCUCAGUACUUGGACAGCCUGAAAAUAGGGGACACCAUUGACUUCAGAGGACCAAGUGGCCUACUUGUCUACAAAGGAAAAGGCAAGUUUGAUAUUCGGCCAGAAAAGAAAGCUGACCCAGUUACUAAGACAGUGAAAUAUGUGGGGAUGAUUGCAGGUGGGACUGGGAUAACCCCAAUGCUGCAGAUCAUUAAAGCAAUCAUGAAAGACAAAGGUGACCCCACCGUUUGUCAGCUGCUGUUUGCUAAUCAGACUGAGAAGGAUAUCCUGCUGCGUUCCGAGCUGGAGGAGAUCCAGGCUCAGAAUCCCAGUCGCUUUAAGUGCUGGUACACGGUGGACAAAGCACCCGAAAGUUGGGAAUACAGCCAAGGAUUUGUGAACCAAGAGAUGAUCAGAGAUCACCUACCCCCACCUCAAAACGAUGUUCUGAUCCUCAUGUGUGGACCCCCUCCAAUGAUCCAGUAUGCCUGCAUUCCCAACCUGGACAAACUGGGCUACUCCAAGGACAUGAGGUUCUCCUUCUAAAGAUGACUGGUAAUUCAGAGAUCUUAUGGAGAAGGGAAGGAAAAAACCAUUUAAUAAGGAACAGGACAAAGUUACAGAGGGGGCUGAUGCACAGUGCUGGGAAGCUACAUUUACCUUAAAAAUGCUGCUUAUUUUCUGACUCUCUGGCAAGUAAGACACACAAGCUCAGCUGUACUAAAGCUGUGCCUGGACAGGUAGUGGUGCCUUGUGCUCUGUGUGCUCCAUCUCCAGGGAACACAGUGCACCUGCUCAGGGCAGCACACACUCAUUUAUGCUUUUUCUUAGCUCUGUAAUCAGGCAGCAGUAAUAUCCUACUUCCUAACACUGUGCACACCCAGGAUUUUAUUUGGUAUGAACUAUGGAAGUAAUAGAAUGUGGUAGAUUAUUCAUGUUGCUUAUGCCAAAUUAUAAUCCUUGAGGAGCUUGUACAGUAUGAGGGCCAGGAAUGUUUGCCUUGUAUCCAUGGUCUUUGCAUCAUCAGUUUAAAGAUGCUUGUUGAGUUGAAGGAUGCCAAUUAACUAUUUAUGACUGAAGCUGUUCAAGCUGCCUUGUUAAUCAAGACAGAGAGGCAGGCAGUGAUACAAAAUGGGUUUCCUUUGUAUUUUGGAACAGCCUCUCUUAAAUGCAAACACUUUCCCAGUUCUCAUCCCUGGGCACUAAAAGAAACUAAAGAAGGCAGGAGGCUUUGGGCACUGUUCCACAAAUCCCUGGAAUUUGUUUGCUUGUAAGUGUGUGGAAUACUGAAAAAAAUACUAACUUUUGUAUUUACUUUUAAAUUGCGGGUGGUGGCACAGGGGUAACAAAAGCAGUUGUUCUGUGUGUGAAAAAAAUGCUGAGUGAAAACUGGAUGGGAUUUUUUUUGUUCAUUGUUUCCCAGAGAUGGAUUUGGACUUAAGGGAGCUCAGGUUUCAUUGCCAGGGUGGGUUUUGGCAGGUAGCCCAGCUCUGGGUGUGGAAUGCAUCCCAUGUUGCUCAGACAAAGCUCCUGAGGGUUUUCCUUGGUAAGGAUGCCCAGGAACAGCCUUAAGUCACCAAACUGACAGCAAAUUCAAAUGUCUCACUGAAUCUAAAGCUGUUCCUUGGGAGCUGUUUACUAUAGCUCUAGCUUUUAUUUUUUAAUACACUUUUUUACAGAAAAAAAAGGAAAAUUUAAGGCACCUUGUGUGCCGGACCUUCUGCUCCUGAACAGCAGAGAUGCUGCUGAGGUUAGAGCUGCCCUGCAGGCAGUCUAGGAAACUAAAAAUCUUGUUUCUGAUGAUGACAUCAGAGUGACUGAAAGGGAGUUUAGUCAUGUCUGAAGUACUGUGGGGUGCUAGGUCACAGUGUCAGUGUAUAGUACCAAUUUUUAAAGAUUCAGUAGGAAUUCGAGGUUAUAGCUUACUGUGUUUUCCUUUGUGCCUGUACAAUAGAUGGGUACUGUGUAUUUAAAAGGUUCAUUUUUCAUCAAGAAUUAAAAGGAGAAGAUACAGUUAAUUUAAGGAACCUCAACUAGAUAAUGCUGUUAUUAGUUUUAUUAAUUCAGUGUUUGCCUCAAGUCUUCAAUUUUUGACUUGUGCUUCUGAAACUUGUUCUUUAAUACAAUGCUCCAAAGUUGAAAUACUACUCAAGUUUUAAGUUUCAGUCCCUUUUAUGGAAGGCAAAAAGCAGAAAUAGGAGAGAAGCUGCUGGUUUGUAUCAUUCUGGGAUAUGCACAGAUUUUUUUUUUCAUGUUUUCUUAUUAAAAGAACCAAACCAGAACCCUCGAGCUGAUGAUGCAUCAACUAUUUUGUAUUACUUACUCUGUUCAUUCAACUACUGGCUUUUUUUCAUGUCUGUGUAAGAAAUAAAGUAUCUUGCAGGUGAAUCACCUGUGUGUGAGCACAUAUCUUCAACCUUGUAAGAGAUAAACUGUAAAAUACUAUAAAAUGAAGGUUCAAAAGAGAAAAAAAAAAAGUUAGAUUUGUUUACUCAAGUGUUAAUCUUCUUGUUUGAGCUUGGUCAAAAACUGUAUUUAGAUACCGAAUCAAGGAGUGACCUGUCUCCGUUUUCCUCCCUAUCACUCCAACCUCCUCUUUUUACCUUUAUUUUGUACAUCUUCCUUGUCAACAUAAGGCUCUUUUAAUAAAUAAAAAGAGGGAUUUUAUAUGAUCUAAUGAACCAAAA